UUCCCUCAUUUUUUGUUGACUCUCAAAUGGAAAUUUGUUUCUUUAUUUCAUUGUUGCAAAUAGAAACAAAAGAGACAAUUCUAUUGAACAAUGGCUGCCGAUGAGAAAAAGGAGGCUUGUUUUGCAUUCUUGCGUAAACUAAAAAGCAAAGGAAAAUAUUUAAUUGGGUUCGAAGAAUCUGUUACUAUUUUACAAGAAGAAGCUGCAACGAGGGGCUUGGAAGAUGAAGAUAUUUCUUUAAUAAUAGACAUCGUGUGGAAAUCAGAGUUGGGUGCAACGAAAUGUGUGUCCUUAAUUAAAUGUAUGAUUCCAAAACGCAAAGUUUCGGAUAGUGUUGUAAAAGAUAUGAUCACUUGGUGUGUAACAUCGAUCGAUAACACACCCGUUACAGUUAUUGCGAUAACUUUACAAUGGAUAGUUGGCUUGUGGGAAUACGACUUGGCAGACAGAAAAAUUAUCAAUAUGUUCUACGAGCAUUUUUUCGUCACACUUCUCCAUAAGGAAAAAGUGGAAGUCCACUUAGCACGACUUAUUUACGAGUUAACGAAACCUGAGGAUGUUACACGUAGAGCAGUUAUAAGAUUGCUUACACAUCACAAAACAUACAAAAAGCCACAGAAGCAUCUUAAUGCUUUACUCUCACUGUUUAAAUCAUACAAACCAGAAUUGGUACCGGAAAAAAUUCCUGCAGUGGGUAUUGGAAGUACGUGGAAACCAAUACCUGAUCAGUUGCGCCUCGGGUUUGAAGAUGCAAAAAGUCGCGCUUUUGUUCACGAAGCUCGUCAAAGAACUCAGGAGAAUUUCAAAUGGACGGUCGCUCCAUCUUCAAAGACGGGAAAAUCGAAAGAACCCGUUUUACCCUCCGUUGGAUAUUUUCACAUGGGGUCCAGUAUCUACAAAGAAAAAGAUACAAAAUCUAUUUUCGACUUAAGCAAUAUAGAAGAAUUGGGAAAAUAUCAUACCAGCGUGGAAUUGCCUUGUAAUGCAACUUCCUUAUUAACUAAUAUGGCCGGAUACCAUCUGCUGAUGUUCGCUGAUUUUGAGUAUCAAAAUAGAUUUUCCUAUAAUUUGUACAACAUGCUUCGAAGAGCUUUUUUAAUCGAACCAGGUAUGUAUUCUCGUGAAGAACUGGAUAAAUUGCUUGAUAUGACUUACGAUUUUCUGUGUUACGUUCAACACGGAAUUCCCGUGGUUAGUCGUUUCCUAGACGAAUAUUUAGCUUGUGGCACAGGAGAACAUCACCCAAAACUUCUUGCCCUUUUGCAGUGGACUUCGUUAUCAACUUCCGGUAGGGCAAGACACGCAGUAAUAAAUAAAAAAAAAUGUUUUUAUAUACCUGUUCGUAAAAGCUUAGUGCUUCAGCCAUCAAAAGUGAAGAAUCCUUUUAGCACCAGGCAUCAGGGUAAUGCCAUUUUUUUGAAAACAUUGUCAAACAAGGCAGUCGAAGAUUUGCCAAUAAAUUAUUUGGACGCCAUGUUGAGCCUGAAUCACCAUUACGCAGUGCUACCAUACAAGCACACCUUGAACAUGACCGAUUUGCAAAUACGUACAAAAGAGGAUAUGUACUGUGUUGCUGACCAGUACUUCCCUCAAGUAAGUGAUUUCUUAAAAACUAUGGGAGUUCGAAAAGAUUUCAUAGACGAAUAGUAAUUUUAGCGGCGUAAGUCUAGUAAUUUAUAAAAUACUUUAUAGACUUUUUAAGGAGUAUUGGAGAUUGUUAUAGUGUCAAUUAAUUAUUGUAUAUAACUAAUAUUAUUAUAUAAAAUUUUAAUGGUGUUUGCUUGUUUGUUCUCUAAUAACCAGACACAAUAUCUAGUACUUUAUACAGAAUUUUAUUACUCGCAAAUAUUAUUGUUCGGAAAUUUUAUUAUUUGGGAAUCAUACAUUAGCAAAAUAUGUCUCGCCGCAUAUAC